UGAUAGACGUUAAAGCAGUGCAUUUGUGUCCGUCAAGAUUUUGCGCAGGAAUUUAUAGUGUUUUUAGCAAAAAACUGCUUUAUUUCAAUGGAUUAAGAGUCAAUUUGUAUCUGCAAAGUUGAUAAAACAAAACAACAAAUUAAUUAGCAGCUUGUUUGAAAAUACGACCUCCUGCAAACAUUCAAUUUAUUCCGUCCGAUUUGGUAACAAGUGCACCCGCGUAAAACGCGUUAUAUAUUCUUAAUUAAACCCAAUACAAUACAACCAGUUUCUGUUAUAUAGGUUUUAGUUAUAUUGUAAAAAAAUGAAGUCUUCUCUGUUUCGAAAUCGUGGCAAUAAUGUUGUGGACGAUUCUGACGGUGAGCGCGAACCUUUGCUCUCUACUCCAGGACCAAGUAAUAUUCAAAAUGAGACAGCGGAGGGUAACGGCACAAUGGCUGAGGUGGGUGUGUCUCAGACGGUGUUGGUGGAACCGCGCGAGGGGGGGCGGAAGCUGCCUCAAUAUAUUGCAGCUAUCGCAGCAACCCUUGGCGCGUUGGCCGCCGGUUCGACUUUGGGGUGGUCGUCACCCGUCAUCUUCAAGAUAACCCAAGAUAACCAGACCGAUUACAACUUCUCUGUGAGCGAAUCCAACGGCGACUGGAUCUCCUCUCUCGUCAACCUCGGUGCUGCCAGCGUCUGCAUCCCAAUCGGUAUAGUAAUGGACGCUAUAGGACGUAAGAAAACCAUGUUAUUACUCGUCUUACCUUUCACUAUAGGCUGGUUACUAAUCACCUUCGCUUCCAACGUUGCUAUGCUGAUGGCUGGAAGAUUCAUCACUGGAUUCGCCGGCGGAGCAUUUUGUGUCACUGCCCCGGCUUACACCAGCGAAAUAGCUCAAGACUCCAUCCGCGGCACUCUAGGAAGUUAUUUCCAACUUAUGAUCACUAUUGGUAUCCUUUUCGCGUACGUCAUCGGAAGUUAUACGUCCGUCUUUGCCUUCAACAUUCUCUGUACGUGUAUUCCGAUCAUUUUCGGAAUCGUCUUCUUCUUUAUGCCAGAAAGUCCCACGUAUUUAGUCAACAAGAGCAAUAAUGAUGAAGCGAGAGAAGCGUUGGUCAGACUGCGCGGGAAUAAUUACGAUAUCGAUGGGGAGUUGAACGCUUUGAAGCAACGCGCUGAGGACAAUCGCAACAACCGAGUAUCUUAUUUAUCAGCGAUCACUAAAAAGACUGCGUUGAAAGCUAUCCUUAUCUGCUUCGCCCUCAUGGUGUUCCAACAACUUUCUGGCAUCAAUGCCGUGAUUUUCAAUACGUCAGCGAUUUUCGCAUCAGCCGGCGCCGCCGUCCCGGCCGCUGUAGCCACAAUAAUCAUCGGCAUCAUCCAAGUAGCGUCCACUUUCAGCUCGAGUUUGGUCAUCGACAAACUCGGCAGGCGAAUUCUCUUACUGUUUUCGACUUUAGUCAUGUGUCUUUGCUCGACAGCUUUAGGUACCUUCUUCUUCCUCCAAGACGUUCACGGAGCAGAUUCCAAUAUUGUUUCAUCAAUUUCUUGGCUCCCUCUUCUCGCGUUGUCUCUCUUUAUUAUUGCUUUCUCUAUCGGUCUGGGUCCAAUUCCAUGGAUGAUGGCUGGAGAGUUAUGCACGAUAGAAAUCAAAGCUUUCGUCUCAUCAACAGCUGGGACCUUCAACUGGCUUCUCAGUUUCGCGGUCACGAGUACUUUCAAUGCCUUAAACCAGAGCAUCGGUUCCGGUCAAGUCUUCUGGCUGUUCGCCAGCAUCAUGGUCGUUGGAUUUAUUUUCGUUUUCUUCAUCGUCCCCGAAACGAAAGGCAAGAGUGUCGACGAAAUCCAAGUCAUGCUCGGCGCCGAACCACAGAGGAGAAACGCAGAGGACACAAAGAAAUAAACCAACCUAUAGACUGAUGGAUAAUCCAUGUAGUAUUUUUAUACUAAGUAAGACUUACAUGUACUUUGGUGUUAAACGCUUCAAAGCAAUAUUUCAUAGACCAAAGAGUUGUCGAUUUUUACACACGUACGCGAAUUUAAAGGCGAAUUUAAGACGAGUCGUUGGACAAUAGAGUUUUAAUUUAUUUUUACAGUUGCUUAUUUGUAUUUAAUAAAAUAGAUCCUGGUAGCUCUAGAUUAAAGAUUAUUAAGAAAUGUGAGUAAGCUUUAGUCCGAAAAGUAAAUGGAUGUGGAGUGUAUCAUUAGAUGUUAAUCUUUGGGAACACCCCAUCCCAUCUUUUCCGCAUUUGCGAUUUCUACGGGGCCGAAGCAAUGUCGUGUUAUAAUGAAAUUGUUAUAUUAUUAAUUUAAGUUGAAUAAAGGACCUCAAAUUUUUCUUUAGCUUUAUAAAGACAAUGGUAGAGAAAGACAAAGGAAUACUGAAAUGGUGAACCCUAUGUCACAAUAGUUGGGGUUUAAAUUAAAAAAAAAAAAAACAAUUUUGUUCGUUCAUACCCGCCGUCUUGUUUGAUGAAGUAGUAAAACAUAACCUAAAAAGCGAAAUAGGUAAUACAUUACGCACAAUGUGAAGAGGUCCUUUUAGAUUUCACGAUGCCAUAUAACAUUUUGAAAUAGGUGUAACGUGUUUCAUACAUGGAAUUAGUAGUGCUCCGUCGGAGUACCUACUAAUUCCAUGGUUUCAUAUCAUAUAGAUUAUGCCAUAUAGUUCAGAUGUCAGUGUAGUUUUUUAUAUCGAUAUUUAAAAUUUUAAAAAAUGGCUGCCUUUUAUUGACAGUCGCAAUAUUUAUUGUCUAUUAGCAUUAUUAUAUCGAAUACUUAUAUAAGAGCUAAUAUGUAUGAACGAAUGGCAAAAAGUUAUUUAUAGAAGAAAAUGUAAUAUGAAUGUAAAAAGAAGUUCACUUUGUGUUUUUCGCAAUAACUAUGAUAAUAUGUUUCUAUUCAACCAUUUAAUUAAUUUAAUUAGCGUAAUAUUUACUUAUAUAAUAUUUAAACGAAGACAACAUUAAUUAUACAAUAAAAUAUACCUGAAAUAAAGUGAUUUAUUAUUAAUAUAUUAUUUUCAUAAAUUCAAAUUUCCAUCCACUAAUAUUAUCGUUUCUCAUGGUCCAAGCAAUUUUUAUUAUAAGACUAUAUUUAAAAUACAAAAUAUCGUCAAUUUAGUGUUUUUAAUUAUAUUAAAAUUUAAUUGUAAAAGGUCAGCUGUAGAAUUUAUUUUUGAUUAUUGUAUAUUUUUAUUCAAUCUAUGCUUUUUGAUAAAUAGUAAAAAUCUAGAAAAUGUUACUUAGGCCAGUGGAUCAGUAUAUUAUUGUGUUUAUAAUUUAUUUGUUAUUAUCUACAUAAAAAUUAUGAUUGGACUUGAUUGAUUGUUCCUAUAUUAUGUAAUACUGAAAAUGUUGAAACAUGGUGGCUCGUAGUGGUGUUGGAAAAGUAAUACGUUUAUGAGAAUAAGUUAAAUUAUAAAAUGUAUAAGUACUCUAGUUUUUGCAGUGUUGGUGCGUCGCUAAUUUCCUAUCUAUGACCUUUUUUAUAUUUAGAGCUAUUCCUAUGCAAAAUUACAGUAAAUACUGUUAAGUCAUUUUGCCGUGAAAAAGUAACAGACUUACUUUUGCAUGUAUUAUAUUAGUUGUAAGGAUGGCCAAUUUUCAUUUGAAGGAUAACAUGUUUUUACCGAUUCAAAACCCACUGAAAAAAGUCCAUUGUUUGGAUUUUAAGUAUGAGAGAUUCUAAAUUAUUUUGUAUGUAUGUAUCAAUAUACCUCUAAUUUCCUUCGCUUCUACAAGCCACCUAUAUAAAUGAUACAAUAGUUCAUAAUUAAUUUGUUUGUAUAUAUGUAUUGUUAUCAGCCAUAAAAUCGAUGUAAUAAUGAUUUGAAAGCGAUAAAUAAAUGUGAAUUGUAUAAAU